CUAAGAAACGCCCACUUGGGACGGAAGGGACAGAAGUGUGAACCGCUCCGACGGAACAAAACGAAAGAAAAGGCGCAUGAGGCAGUAAAGAAAGAGGCACCUCAUUUAGGCACUUGAUUGUGGUGAGACCAGAAAUGAGGUGGGUGAGCCUGCCACAGCCCUUUGGAAGGAACCUCAUCAAGAACCCCUGUGGGAAAGAGCAGUACCAACACUGGGACGUCCGACAUGGAGGGAGCGGGUGGUGCGUGGAAGAGAACAAGGACCACGUGGAAGGUGCAGAGGCCCAGACUUGCUUCGUCUCUUCGUAUGAGUGGUGUGUAAAAUCUCAGCUGGUAGAUUUGCUGAAGGAAGGCUUGUGGGAGAAGCUCCUGGACACCUGCCAACCCGAAAUUUUGAUCUCCGACUGGUGGGGCUCCCGGAAAGACAGUGGCUGUGCCUACAAAAUCCAUGUCUCCCUCUUGGCACAGGACCAACGUACAGUGCUUGCUGAGUUCAAGGCCAGCCCGGCUCCCAUCCCACAGUGGAAUGACGGCAAGUAUCAAAAGAUCACUCACAGUUUCAAACGUUAUGGCCCUGGAGUUCGCUAUGUACGUUUCAGGCAUGAAGGACGAGACGAGCCGUACUGGAUAGGGCAUUACGGAGCUCGGAUCACGAACUCCACAGUCCUGGUAAAACUCUAAUAGGCCCCUCUGCAAUCUCCGCAGUUCUCAGCACUGCCAGCUCCCAGGGAUAAGCUGCUCCAGAUGAGGAACGUCGAUGCUGUCUUGGACCUAAUAUUGACAAAGUGAGAAGAAGAUGCCAUUUGUGACUCUGAGGUGUGAGGGGGGAAAUACUGGCAACUUUCUAAACACUCCUGCUUUGCUAAAAAAUAAAGAAACGUCAAAUUUC